UCUAUCUUGGUUGAUGUUGUUGAGUCCUGCUUCUUUGAGCAAAUAUCAGCGUAGCUUGAAGUCGACCUCAGGAGAUCGAGGGGGAAAAGAAAGCCGAGAAAGGGUUGAGGAGAUUGAUUGAUAGAGCGAUAGAUAGAUUGGGGGAGGGAAAUGAAUGGUGGGGAGGAGGGGGGAGGAGGAGGAGGGGAGGAAAUGGAAGAGGACGGGAAGGAGGAGAUGAUGGUGGUGGAGGAGGCGAGGGGGAGGGAUAAGACGGUGUUGAUGUGGGGUUACCUUCCCGGAGUGUCGCCGCAGAGAUCGCCUUUACUUCAUCCGGUGGCCGUCCGAGUGCCGGAUUCGCCAGCAGGAGACCGGUGGAAGGAUGUCAGUGGCGGUGGAUGCGGAUUCGCCAUGGCCAUGUCCGAGUCAGGCAAGCUAUUUACAUGGGGUUCUACAGAUGACAUGGGUCAAAGCUAUGUUACUUCGGGGAAGCAUGAGGAGACUCCUGAGGUAUUUGACCUCCCAACUAAGGUACCCAUAGUCAAGGCAGCUGCGGGGUGGGCUCACUGUGUAGCAGUCACAGCUCAAGGAGAAGUCUACACAUGGGGAUGGAAAGAGUGCGUGCCUUUUGGGAGGAAUGUCAGAGACCAGUCUUCCUCUGGAGGAGCCUCAGAAAAAGAGGAAAGACAUAGUGGAUUUAUGAGUGACCAUGUGAUGCCUAGGUCACAGGGCUCAAGAACUACUGGAACUAUGUCAGGUUUUGAUAGUGGAGGUGGUGAUGAGAAUACAAAGCGAAGAAGGUUAUCUUCAGCUAAACUGGGACCUGAAAGCUCUUCGUCUGGUGAAGAAACUCUUUCAGCACCUCCAUGUCUUGUAAAUCUUAAUGUAGGUGUCCGUAUCACAUGUGUUGCUGCAGGUGGACGUCAUACACUAGCAUUGUCAUUUUCAGAUGUAGGUCAGGUGUGGGGUUGGGGCUAUGGAGGGGAAGGGCAACUUGGUUUGGGUACUCGUAUCCGGAAUGUGUCUUCUCCUCAUCCUGUACCUUGUAUAGAGUCAGCUUCUUUUACUAAAGACCAAUCAUCACCAGCAACUAAAGGGAAACAAGGUUCAGAUGGGCAGGCUUUUAAACUCAUAGGAACCUGUAUAAAGGCCAUUGCUUGUGGGGGUCGUCACAGUGCUGCUGUUACAGAUACAGGAGCCCUACUUACUUUUGGCUGGGGACUUUAUGGCCAGUGUGGACAAGGAAGUACGGACGAUGAGCUGAGUCCAACAUGUGUCUCAUCACUUUUGGGUGUCGAGAUACAAGGAGUUGCUGCUGGCCUAUGGCAUACCGUGUGUACGUCUGUUGAUGGUGGUGUGUAUUCCUUCGGUGGGAAUCAGUUUGGGCAGCUAGGAACUGGUUCUGAUCAAGCUGAGACUCUUCCCAAGCAACUGGAUGCGCCAUGUCUGGAAAACAAGAAUGCUAAAUUGAUCUCUUGUGGAGCACGUCAUAGCACCAUGCUGACAGAAGAUGGUCAAGUAUUUUGCUGGGGAUGGAACAAAUAUGGCCAGCUUGGUUUAGGGGACUCGAUUGACAGAAACAUUCCUUCUGUGGUUCCUAUAGAGAACCUCCAGCCCAAAAACGUGUCAUGUGGUUGGUGGCACACUUUGGUUCUUGCGGAAUCGCCAACAUGAGGAUCACUCACUUAUAGAAAAGGAUCUGUUUAGCAGUUUUGUUAGAAUCAGUAGUUAUUGAUCUAUAUGCACAUGUACAUAUCAAUCAAUCAAUAGGCAUGCAGAUGCAUGUAACCAUUCUUUCAUGUUUGCCGCAGCCACAAUGGUCACUCGUGGAUAUAAACAGGAAAACCAGUGUACUUUCUUUGA